ACUCACAGCUGACACCUGUGGAACACAACAGGGAACAAGAGACACACACAAACCUGCCUGCAUGUAACAACGUGUUUUGAUGAUAUCAGUUAGACUCACCUCCAUUCAACUUGAUACUGGCCAUGUCUCAACUAUUUAAAAAACAAACUCUACCGACCCCACCCCCCGAGGAAAAUUUGUCAUAGCUGCUCCUCACUGCUGGGAGUUGGCCCUGUGGAUCUCUACUCAACCUUGCACCUUUCUCAACAUUUUAUAAAGGCAAUACAGACGCUGAGGAUGGCAGUGAAUUGGCCAGGACUGCUGUCCAUAGGAGUGUUUUAUAUGAUCGUACUGGGCAUAGGUAUCUGGGCAUCCAGGAAGUCCAAACGUGAAGAGAAGAAGUGCACUGGGAACCAAAGUGAAGUUACAAUGAUUGGAGGGCGGAACCUAAACAUCUGGGUCAGCAUCUUUACUAUGACAGCUACUUGGGUGGGAGGAGGCUAUAUUUUGGGUUGUGCUGAAGUGGUCUACAAUCCAACAAGGGGAUUGGUGUGGGCCAUUGGACCCAUUGCCUUUGCCAUGAACCAGAUUUUAGGUGCACUCUUCUUUGUCAAACCUAUUCGGUCAAAGAACUACGUCACUCUUAUGGAUCCAUUUCAAAGAAAAUAUGGCAACACUGUAGCAGCUGUUAUUUUCAUUCCUGCUCUACUUGCCGAUAUCUUGUGGGUGGCAUGUAUUCUUGGUGCACUGGGAGGGACAGUCAGUGUGGUCAUGGAUAUUUCCUCCAGGCUGGCUGUGAGCAUCUCUGCUGCUGUUGCAAUCCUUUACACACUGAUGGGAGGACUGUACUCUGUGGCCUAUACUGAUGUCAUCCAGCUCACCUUUAUGUUCCUUGGCUUGUGGUUUUGUGUCCCUUUUAUCCUGACAAGCCCCUCCUCUGCUAACUUUACUGUUGCCUCUGUGACCAAGCUGCAUCAGGAGCCAUGGAUCGGCAAACUGGAGCUGGAGGAUACGGGUUGUUGGAUAGAUGACCUACUGCUAUUGGGCAUUGGGGGGAUCUGUUACCAGGCGUUCUACCAGAGAGUCCUAUCCACAGCCACUGAUGCCCAAGCUAAGAUCACCUGCUACGCUGGGGCAGUUUUAUGUCCAAUCCUUGGCAUCCCUUCACUCAUCAUUGGGGCAGCAGCAGCAUCUACCAACUGGAACCAGACCACCUACGGUUCACCCAGCCCCUACGAACAGGGCAAAUCUGGUAUGAUCCUGCCAAUAGCUCUUCAGCAUCUUUGUCCUUUCUACGUCUCACUGGUUGCUAUCGGGGCUCUCACUGCUUCUGUGAUGUCGUCAGUUGACUCUUCACUUCUUUCUGCUGCCUCCCAGCUGGGCAGAAAUAUCUUUAAGAACAUCGUCUACAAACAAGCAUCAGAAAAAAUGAUUAUUGUGGUGGUUAAAGUGUCUGUCCUCCUGUGUGGACUGACAGGAGCAAUCCUGGCCAUGACAUCAAGGUCUGUUCACCUGCUCUGGAUAGUCAGUGGGGAUGUCUUGUAUACAAUGAUGACUCCCCAGGUGACCUGCAUCUUCUACUUACCUCAGUGGGUGAACAAAUACGGGGCCUUUUCCGGUUGUGUGUUGGCUCUACUGCUGAGAGGUCUGGUCGGGGAACCCGUGAUAGGCCUUCCUGACGUGCUGCCCCUGCCGUGGGACAAAAUACAAGUGGACGGUCACCGAUACCGCUUGUUCCCAUUUCGCACUGCCAUCAUGCUCAUCAGCACUGGGACUAUUUUACUCGUAUCACGCUUUACUAUGUGGCUGUCCAGAAAGGGGCUGCUUAGAAGACUAAGUGAUGCCGAAAUGGAUGCAAACAUACAUUACAUGGCACCAGUUAAAACAGAUGUGGAGGAAAAGGACAGACUAAAUAAAGAAGAGUCUCUGUCGUCCUCCCAAGCAGGCAAUGAGGAAGGGCUAAAAUGUUAAGUUUUCUCAACGUGAACACUUUCAUACAGCUUGUGGAUGGUGUUUAAGCCAGGAUUUCUGGGUCAAAAGGGAACCUAUGAUAAUUUCUGAGAAUGAACUGUAGUUAACAUAUCGUAUGUACCUCUUUUAGUGAUACUUGAAUAAACAAAAACCUUCUAUUUUAA